AAAAUGUCUCAAUUACCACUUGUUGCCUCAGCGAUUUCAUCUAUAAUUAAUAAACCCGUAAAAACAUAUGAUGAGUGCAAAAUCAAAGGUUUAAAAGUUGAUCCCUCUCAAAUUUUAGACCUUGAUACCUUUCAUAAAAAAUCUUUUACACGAAUUGAACCUAAAAAUAUGGUUCCGCCUAAAGAUUUAACUUCUUCUGAUAGUAACAAAUUAAUUCAAAUUUUCGUCAAACCUCUCAAACCUCUCGAUAAGGAUAGCCAAUCAAUGUUUGUUGAUCCAAGUAUCACUGUUCUUGAGUUUAAAGGCGCCAUUUGUGCAAAAUUUGGAUCUGAUAUUAAGAUGAUACGUCUUACAUUUAAUGGUAAACAACUGGAUGAUAAUAGAACUCUAACAUCUUACAAAAUAGAGAAAUAUUGUACAAUACAAAUUUUGUCUAAAGUCUUUGGAGGC